AUGAGUAACAAUUCUCCAACUUGUUGUGUAGGUGAAUCUAUUCAAUCACCAAUUUUCAAGAAGGAAGAGAAUCUAAAUUUCAAGUUGAAUUUGUAUCCUUCUGGAGAAAAAGAAGCGCCUAACAAUUUAAGUUUAUAUCUUUAUAUAAAACACGAAUCUCAAGAAAAAGUUUUGGCGAAACGUAAAUUUUCACUAUUAGGUAAAAAUGGAGAUGUUGUUUAUGAAGUUCCCUGGUCGUCAACAAGAGAAUAUUCAACAUUUAACUCUGGCUGGGGAUCAUAUAAUUGCUUUGGUAAUAGUACUGACAAGUGCUGUACAACACAGGAGACUUCAAAUAAUAACAAAUUUAGCCUCGUUGAUGAUAUAUUUUCCUUGUGGCAAACUGGACUUUACAGUGAUGCCAUACUUCUUACCAAAAACUGUGAUACAAACCCCAUGGUCAUAGAAAUCAAUGGUUUAACUUAUGAGGUGAUGUGUGAAAUAUUAAAUUACAUCUAUAGUGGCAAAGUUGAAAAUCUUGAAUCGAAUACUCUUGAGUUAUUAGCUGCUGCAAAUAGAUUUGAUUUGAAUGGACUGAAACUUAUGUGUGAAAACAAUUUCCUCCAUGGAUUAAAUAUUUCCAAUGCUUCAAGCCUUUUGUUGACAGCAGAUGAUCACGAUGCCAGCACAUUGAAAAUAAAGGUCAUGGAGUAUAUUGCUUUGAAUGUAGCACAAGUGACGGAAACAGCAGGAUAUGAAAAGCUAAAAGCUACAAGACCAGAUUUGAUUGUUUAA